GCCGAGCAGGGGUGGGCCAGGCGCGGGGAUUGGUUGCGGACGCCCGCCUCGCGGAGGGAUUGGUCGGGGCCUGCGGCGGCGCGGCCGGAGUUCCGCGGGUGCGGGACCGAUGGGGCGGCGGCGCCGGGGCUCCGGGGCGGCUGGCGUGGGGGCCCUGCCCGAGGCUAUCGCCGCGCUCAGUCGGGCUCUGCCCGGCGGGCCCAGCCCCGAGACCUUCCGCCGCGCCAAGUUCGACCGUCCGGAGGCGGUCCCCGCACUCCGGCGGCUGCUCCUCGGCCUGCUCUCGUCGCUGCCGGAGGACGGCGCUGCGGACCCGGAUGGCCAGGCUCGCCUGCUGAGGUCGGCGCUGUGUGCCCGGGGCUACCCGCGAGGAGCCCGGCUCCCCGAGUCCGGCGCGGGGGGCAGCCGCGAGCUGCUGCUGGCGCUGGCCUGGCUCCUGGCUCGCGAGCCCCUGCUGGAGCGGCUGCUGGCCCGGGCGCGCGUGCAGCUGGGCGACGAGGUGACCGCGUGCCAGCGUGACCCGACCCCCUUGCAGUGUGAGCUCCAGGCCAGGCCUUGCCCGCCUGCCCAUGGUGUGGACACAGAAGGCCCAGUGGACAUUCGCUUCUUGCAGUGGCUGAUGGGAAAGCUUCAGAUCCGGUGGCGGACCCUGGCGUCCAGUCAGUGGGAGCACUGCGCCCUCCUGGGCCAGAUCCACGCGUACACCCAGGGAUGCCACAGUGACCGGGAGCUUGGCCAUCUGUCUGUCCCUGAGACGGAGGCACUCAGGGACCCUGAAGGUGGCCAGCAGCUGCUGUGGAGGCUGCAGUGUGAAAACAAGCGGCUGGAGGCCGCCCUACAGUGGCGACGCUGCGAGCUUCUCUUCUGGCAGUGGAUGGACUCUGUGCUCGUCACCUGUCCCCCAGAGGAGGCCUCACGACCCCCGACCCCUCCCCGGCUCUCGGGUCUGCUCUUGAGUCCAGUGUCCAGGGAGCUGGAGCUGCUGUCACGGGAGCUGCAGACCCUGCAAGAGGGGCUACGGGAGGCGGCAGGGCCCCUGCGUGUGGCCUGGGAGGCCAGGGCUGGAGCCCGGGGGCCAGAGCUGGAGGCCUGGCAGCAGAUGGUACAGAUGGCAGUGACACGGGAGCUGGUGGCCCUGAAGCAGACCUGGGAGCAUGGCAGGGCCCCCCCACAGCCCCACGGGCCCUGCCGGCUGGUGCAGAGCCAGGCUGCCGUGCCUGCGGGCCUGGGGUUGCAAGCAGCUGAACUGAUGGGGGUGCUGCGGAGCCAGGAGGCAUGUCUGGAGGAAGCCCUGAGCCAGCUGCAGGCUCAGUGCCAGCAGGAGUUGGCCAGGUUGUCUGGGGCCCUGCCUGGCCUCCUCUGGAUCCUGCCGUCCCAUGGGCGGCUGGCCCCCACACCUUCAGGGACACGCUAACCCCCUUAGCCGGCUGCUGGACACACAAUAACCUGUCUAGCCCUGCAGGGCCUGGGUGUCUCCAGCUCACGACAGGACCAGGUGGUGACUGGGGCCCCAGGGCUGGUGAGGACUUCAGGGACAGGCCUUGAUGGCUGCCUCCCUAUUCUAGUCUAUCUGCAGGGGGAGUGGGGCAGGGCCUGCGGAGGGCUAGCUCCCAUCUGGCUGUGCCUGGGGGGUGCCGGAUGGGAGCCUGAGGGGCCUGGGGUGAGGGGGAGGGUGCCGUGGACAGAGGGGUCUUUGUUCCCAAGGCGGCUCAGCUGGAACAAAGAGCCUUCUGUCUGGUAUGUGCUUCCCGCCUGCCAGAACAGGCCCCCACUGUCCCAGGAGGCUCCCAGGCAGCCUCUUCUCUGCACUGAGUGGCUGGGGGUAUGCAGCCAGCUUGGCACAUUCUCUGCCAGCCUGGCCUGUGUACCGGGACUGACUCCCUCUCCACACUCCCCCCUCCCCUCUGCCGCCCCAGCUGGAGUGUGCCAGCCCCCCACCCCACCCCAAGGCCUGCCAUUUCUUGCUGGUUCCACCACUGGCCUGGAACACCCAUGAUACCACCUCUGGGCUAUCUCCACCCCUUCUCUGGAGGGCUGCCAGUGUGCCAGGAACUCCACUCUUAGCCGCCGGGCUCAUCAGCUCUGCCCCCUUUCCCUUCAUGUAGUUGGAGCCCAAACCAUGUGCACUUGCGUGUGUGCCAGGUGGAACAGGUGGUGAGGGCUACAGCCGAGCGAGGGGAUACAGACACCGCCUUCACCACAUAGGCCUCCCGUACACUCUUGCAAGGCCCAGCCCUUGCAUUGCCCCCCUCCAUCUGAAACCAGCACCUUAAUCCCCUUCUGUAUGUGACAGGUGACAGCUGACCCACCAGUCCAGACCCAGGGAGGGCCUGACAGCAGGCUGUCCUGUGCACCUGGGGGGUCCCAGGUUCAAUUCUUGAUAGCACAUAUACCUAGUAGAACUUAGGUGUCUCAUCAAAACCAAUCUUUCUUCUCAUCUCCAAGGUCAUCGCUCAGUACUUGCACUAUGAAUCCACUGUUGCUGGUGACCAUUUUGUCGCUUUUUUUUUUUUUAUUUGAUAGGAAAAAGAGAAAUUGAGAGGGAAGGGGAGAUGGAGAGGGAGAGAGAAAGAUAGACACCUGCAGACUUGCUUCACCACUCAUGAAGUGUCCUCCUUACAGGUGGAGAAUGGGGGAUCGAACCCUCAUCUCUGCACAUGCUGAUAAUGUGCUUCAAUGCCCAGCCCCUCAAAACCAAUAUUUAAAAAACAAAUAAGUGGUCUGGGAGAUGGCACAGCAGACAAAGCAUUGGACUUGUAAGCAUGAGAUCCUGAGUUCAAUCCCUGGCAGCACAUGUACCAGAGUGAUGUCUGGUUAUUUCUCAUUAAUAAAUAAAACCUUUUUUAGGGAGUCGGGUGGUAGCACAGCGGGUUAAGCACACGUGGCACAAAGCACAAGGACUGGCUUAAGGAUCUUGGUUCGAAACCCUGGCUCCCCACCUGCAGGGGAGUCGCUUCACAGGCGGUGAAGCAGGUCUGCAGAUGUCUAUCUUUCUCUCCUCCUCUCUGUCUUCCCCUCCUCUCUCCAUUUCUCUCUGUUCUAUCCAACAACAAUGACAACAAUAAUAACUACAACAAUAAAACAGCAAAGGCCACAAAAGGGAAUAAUUUUUUUUUAAAAAAAAAAAACCUCCUUUAAAUUAUCUUUAUUUAUUGGAUAGAGACAGCCAGAAAUCGAGAGGGAAGUAGGGGACAGAGAGGAAGAGGAACAGAUACCUGCAGCACUACUUCACCACUCAUGAAGCUUUCUGCCUGCAGUUGGGGACGGGGGACUCCAAUCUGGGUCCUUGUGCAUUUUAAUGUGCACUCAACUAGGUGCACCACCACCCGGCCUCCAUAAAUAAAAUCUUAAAACCUGUGAAA